UGUCCGCGCAACAAAAAACGAACAGAGAAAACAUUAUUUAACGCGACGAAAAAAGAAACUGUCGGAGUGCCGAAGGUACCGAACUAGUGCUAUACGGACACUACGGAAUCUAGCUACUCCCGGGCUGAUCGCUGAUAGUAAAAAUAGUUUGCGUCUUGUGCGUCCCCCUCCAUCGGAAUCUCGGCACGCGCGCGGGACACAAAAUGGCUCGCUCGGGAAGCCCUGGAGGGUACUCGAACUACGAGGACGACUCACUGUUUCAGAGUGCAGCCUUUACGCACGAUAUCAGCGAGCAGAUGCGCGUACCGAAGCGGAUCCGGGCCACCGGAGACUACUUUGACGAUCGCGACGUGCUACCGAACGGGAACGGAGAGAUCAAUUCCUGGAACUAUCACAACAAAAUCGAUAUGACCGUUCCGGAUCGUAUCGUGGUGUUGGGACAGGAUCAGCAUUUGGUUCUCACGUCAGGCACCAAAUCGGCUCCGCGCGAAAUAAUGCUGGAAAACUCGAUUCUACCGAAGGAUCCGGGGUUCGUGCGCGUGUCCACUCCGCCGCGCGUCAUUACGCUCAACGAGCACCAUUUUCCCUCCGCGUCGGACGAGCCCGAAGAGAAUGCCAAAGAUAACCAACAGGACGACGACUAUGGACCGGGCUCGCUGGAGUCGGUCGAGGAUCCGAACAAUAGUAGCGUUUUCUAUUCCAGAGCAACCGCCUCGCACCCGCGCGGAGAGCACCCCACGAAGCGGUCCGCAUUUUCCAAGUACAACCAUGAGCUCACCCUGACUAGAAGCAUGCGCGAAGAGACACCCACUUUCGGGGGCAGCGUUGAGAAUUUGACACCUUCCGAAGAAUUGGCACAGCUUAGGCGCCAGGUGACGAGAAUCAACCGUCGGCUCCUGACCAUGGAGUUGGAUAUGGUGCAACGGAAGCAGCAAGAAAAGAUCAUCUACUGUGUCGGCAUGGCUUACCUACUCUUUAGGACGUUCAUGUGGCUGAGUCGGAAGUAGAUCGAUCCAUCAGGUGCGCGCCCCGCAGUAACUUGACUCGCAG